AUGUCGAUAUUUUUUACCACCCUCCCGCUCUCACGCAAGAGGCCCAUCACGGAAGAUGACGACACCACCCUCCCCCCUCCAGCCAAGAGACUCAAGGCGGGAAAUGAUACCGAGUCGGACUCGGAUUCGGAAAUGAGCUUCAGUUCGGACUCGACGGACGAAGCUGGAAGCCCGGGGCUGGACGAAGCUGGAAGCCUGAAGCUGGCCACUGCAGAAGGGACAAUGUGGAUAUUUCCUUUCGACAGGGAGUAUAUUCACCCCGAUGAUUGUGUGGAAACGAGUGUGAGUGUGGAGCGAGAAGAGGAGGAGGAGCGGCUAGACUACCAAGCCGAGCACGAGUUAAUCAUGUACGAACAAGGCGUUCGAGCGGAGAGAAAAGAGUUGCUCGAGCAGCUAGACGUCAUCGCGUCUGUCCGGGGCCUGGAGAAGAUGGACGACUUGAUAGCCACCAUGCACGAACAAGGCGUUCGAGCGGAUGGAAAAGAGUUGCUCAAGCAGCUAGACGUCAUCGCGUCUGUCCGGGGCCUGAAGAUCUCCGAUUCCAAGGACGAUUCCGAGGGUGACUCUGAGGGGGUUUACAAGGACUGGUCGAAGCCCGAUCCGGUGGGUUGGGAGUCGGCCGCAAAUGGCUCGCGGCUCCACCCACGGGCAAUCGGACUCAUGCUUGACUUCUUCAAGGACUGGGAGCACUUGGACCGCGCCGAGUGCGAGGAGUACUACCUCAAAGCAUACCUAGAGGGCGUCGGUCCAUACGAGGCCCGGGAGCGGCCGCUCAACGUGCACGCGUACCCCUCCGAGUGCCAGUUCCCUAACAGCUACAUGGUCGAGAUCAUAGACACCGCCGUCACCAGCCCCACCCUUAUGACUCAAUUCUACAUAACUCACGAGACGGUGGAUGAGGACCAGCUCGCCAGGGCAAAAGGGGCAUACGGCAACUUCGUCCCGCAGUACACCUAUGUUGGCAACAUGGGUCUGGCACCCAAUUACCCAGAGCUGUUUGUGUGGCGAAUCGUGUCUCGCGCUGGGCGCCCACUCCUGGCCAGCUGCUCUCGGCUCGGUCUGCGCGACAAUCAGGACAAGUACGUCGGCAUCCUGAAGCAAUUUGUCGACUUCGUAUGUGAGCCGCUACUACGGCUGGCAGGCGGCGGCAACUGCCUCAGCGAUGGGCAGGACUGGCCCAUGGUGUUGAACAACACUUGCCUCGACGUGUACAACAUCAUGAUCCGGCCCGACUGGCCCGGUAUCGCCUGCGUGCUGCUCUGGACGAAGCCGCUGGUCAUGACCCUCCCCUUCGGCGCUUCCCUCGACGGCCUUCUGUUUCUGGAGGGAAAGCCAGACACGGACCCCGGCGUGGAUGGCAACCCAAUUUGCGAAGCCGAUCCUUCCCGGUUCAAGAGCUACAGCCGCGAGGGGCGCGAGUUGCAGCGCCUCUGUAUGUACUACCUGCGGGAGAAGAUUCCGGUCCUCACGAAUGACCCCCAGCCCUGGCACCGCCUCUUCGCGGCCAUGGCGCAGGGCGUCGCGACGGCGGCCGAGUGUACCGAGCUCGGCUAUAAGUGCUACGCGAGGCAGCUCGACGAGCUAACUUGGGAUUGGUUUCACUUCGAGAUGGACCCCGGCGCCCCCGAGGUGAGCGUCGUCGCCUGUGCAGAAAGCGGAUGCGGAGGAGGGGAUGGUGACGUGGGUAUGGGUUAGAAUGACCUUCUGUCGCAAAAGGAUAUAGACCCACUUGGUAGCUACCAGCCACUAAGCGGGGCCUUCGCUUUUGGCAUGGUACAGAAUAUAUGUAUAUACACGACUAAAUGUAUGCGUAGUCAACGUGAUGCUGAACCUCGAGAUCAUUACUUUCUU